AUGGUGAUUGUUUUUUCAGGUGCCCGGUAUGGCCCUUCGUUGAUGCCUGGCGGAAACCCUGACGCAUGGCCGCACCUCAAGCAUAUUUUCCAGUCAAUUUCAGCAAAGAGCGAUGGCGAGCCAUGUUGUGACUGGGUAGGUAAUGCUGGAGCUGGACAUUUCGUGAAAAUGGUCCAUAAUGGUAUCGAAUACGGUGAUAUGCAGCUGAUUGCGGAAGCCUAUGAUCUGCUACUGGAAGGUGUAGGACUCAACUAUGACCAGAUGGCUGAGGUCAUGGAAGAAUGGAAUCAUGGAGAACUGGACUCAUUCCUGAUUGAGAUCACCGCAAAAAUCCUGAAGUUCAAGGAUGAAAAGGGAGAACCGAUUCUGCCUAAAAUUCGCGAUUGCGCUGGCCAGAAAGGAACAGGAAAAUGGACAUGCUUCGCUGCGCAGGAAUAUGGAAUACCAGUAACGCUUAUAGGUGAGGCAGUAUUUGCAAGGUGUUUGUCGUCGCUGAAAGAAGAACGGGUGGUGGCAUCUUCUGUUCUUGCCAAGCCUCAUGUGAAUCAUGAUGAAGUGAUACCUGACAAGAGGGAGUUUAUCAAGCAUAUCAGUAAGGCCCUAUACGCAUCGAAAAUUGUCAGCUAUGCUCAAGGGUUCAUGCUGAUGGCUGAGGCGAGCCGUAAGUUUGACUGGAAGCUGAACUUCGGAGCUAUCGCAUUGAUGUGGAGAGGUGGAUGUAUAAUUAGAUCGAGAUUCCUCGGGGAUAUCAAGAAAGCUUUCGAUAAGAAGAAGGAUUUGCAGAACUUGUUAUUAGAUGAUUUCUUCUCUCAGGCGAUGGCCGAAUCGCAGAACUCAUGGCGCAUCGUUGUGACGUCGGCCAUCCGUUUAGGCAUUCCAGUACCGGCAAUGUCGGCAGCUUUGUCAUUCUACGAUGGGUACUCCAGAAAGGUGUUGCCGGCAAAUUUACUGCAGGCCCAGCGUGACUUCUUCGGUGCGCAUACGUACGAGUUGAUGGAUUCACCAGGCAAUUGGGUGCACACGAACUGGACAGGCCAUGGUGGAAGAGUAACCAGUAACGCCUAUAAUGCCUAA